AUGCAAGACAACAAGGAAUUAUUGCUUGUUUUUCGAAUUCGCCCUCAGAGUUCAGGAGUGCUUGAUUUGAUUCCUUCAUUUCAAAAGAAAUCAAACACCCUCUUGCAUUAUUAUCACGAGGGAAAGAGAACCGAGGAUUUUCCAUGUGACCUUAUUCUUGAUCCUGUUGUUGAUUUAGAUUUGUUUUCCAAAAAGAAUUCGUUGCUACUGCUCUAUGGGAACACAGGAAGUGGUAAAACCUAUAGCAUUCACGGAGAUAGUCAUCAUGAAGGCAUUUUGCUCCAUUCCCUUCGUCGGAUCUUCGAAAUCUCGCGUCAGCAAAACGAGAACUACUUUGUCAAGCUCUCUGUGAUCGGGGUCUACGAGGAAUCGUCAGUCGAUCUUCUUGGUGCUACCGCCCAGCCGAAAGGAGCCUACUCUCCGUCGAACAAUCCCAUCUACAUCGAGCAGCGCGUGAUGUCCUUCCAGCAAGGCCGGUCGUUCCUCGACAAAUCCCAACAAAACCAGUGCGAGUUCGAGACGCGCGAGCGUUUUUCCGCCGCCGACGCGCACAUUCUCUACGUUCUCCGUCUCAUCCAAUGUACCUCCCGCGGUUCUCUCACCCGCCCAGACGUCAACGGCAUGGAACGCCCCGUGGGGGUGCUGCGGAUCGUCGAUCUGGCGGGGUGCGAGUCGAGCAAGACGGUGAACAACCGCGGGCAGAUCGUCUUCGUGCCCAAGCGGAGCUCCGUCUCGCUGCAGAUGCUGCUGAAGUGCCUCGCGACGAUGUUCGCAGCGCCCGUGCGCGCGGAGAGAGCGGCUCAUAGCCUGUCGGUCAGCACGUUCCACUUCUGCCAGCUCACCGUGCUGCUCAAAGAUCACUUCUUCGCGAAGAGCCCGGGGAACGUGGUCCUCAUCCACACGGUGGCCAAUGAGACGCGAGACGUCGACGCCGAGGCACGUGCGCUGAUUUCUCUGCUGCCAAUCCUGCCAAAAAAAGAAGGGAUUUCGGAGACAGACGGAGAAGAACCGUGCGUGCUGUGUCCAGCCUGCACGAAGAAAAGGGAGUUGCUGGAAGAGCAGAUCCGCGAAAAGGUCGUUAAAGAGGUUUUGAAAAGACGACGAACUGAAUCGACGCAGAUUCCCCAGAAAUCGGGGCUUUUUUUGGAGAUCCAGAGUAUGAUGGAAACCACGCAAUUAGGGGAGUUACUUCGGCGUUACGACGAAGAUAUGCUGUAUGUCACGGCGGAAUUGGAGAGCAAAACGUAG